AUGGACCCUUCACAAUUAAAAAAUGUGCUCGUUUUCCUUGCGCGAGCUUUGAGGGGUCUGGAGUCACCCUCAAAUCCUCUGUUCCGGCGUUAUUUUUACCUCCUUGAGAUUUUAUCCGAGGCGCUGCAAGUCUCCGAUACAAACGACGAAUGUGGAAAUCCUGAUAGAUAUCGUACGCUGUUAUGUCACUUGGGCAAAGAUUGCUUCCUGGAAAAUACUAGCAAAGAUGUGCAAAUUUGGCUAGCAUGCUGUCUUGCGGAUAUCCUACGCGUUUUCGCACCGAACACUCCUGUAAUGGACCCUUCACAAUUAAGAAAUGUGCUCGUUUUCCUUGCGCGAGCUUUGAAGGGUCUGGAGUCACCCUCAAAUCCUCUCUUCCGGCGUUAUUUUUACCUCCUUGAGCUAAAUAAUCGCGAGUCUUACAAUAUGGCACGACAAAUCAUUCAAGUGUCGCAAACUUCUCUGGAAGCUAUGAUCCAAUCGUUACUAGCCCAAUCUUUGUUGACUGGAAGUCUUCCUGAGGAAUGUGAGAUGGUCGGAAGUGGUCGCAAGAAGCUUCAUGAUGUG